AUUUUUUGGCGCCUAAGGCGUCCAGCUGCUCUUUAUAACAUAUCUUCAUAACAAUGUCAGAUGAAAUUGAUCUUACCUUGGGGGAAAUAAAUCCCGGAUGGACGAAGAAAAGAAUACUUGAGUUAUUAAAAGAAGCUGAAAAUCGAGAGAUUUUAUAUAUGCAAGCACACCAAACUGAUAUGGAAAAAGCGGUGGUCCAACUUAGAAGUGCCGCAUUGAGCUUUAUAGCGAAACUGCCAACCGAAAUACUUAAUAAACCUUACUUUACGGGCAUGCAGCAGUAUGAAAAUGGUGAUAGAAAAGACAUACUUGACCAGUUAGUAUGUGAAGCAAAGAAACGCAGUCGAAUGGAAUGGGAAGACACUGUUAAAACACUAACCGGGAAGAGACCAUGUCGAUUAGCAGGUGAUGAAAGACGGCAACCUGUUGCUUCUACUCCGAUGGUAAUCCCUGAAGAAGACGUACUUACUACAAUGUCAACGGUGAAUCAGACAACGGAAAUAGCAAGCACUCCUAUCAAUGAAGGGCAUAGAAUUACACGUACAAUGCUUUCCCGGAUUACGCAUGAUGCUACAACAAUGAAUCCUCCUUUAAUGACUGUUGGUAAAAGCGUCAAAUCAAAUCCUGUACGAAGGUUAUCCAAACAAAUGAGGGAUCGGUUAUUGGCGAAAUUUGAUCGUAACGAUACAGAGUUGUCAGCUAGUGAACUCGAUCAACUACAGAAUCUGAUUAAUUCUCUACAAGAGUUUAAAAAUCGUUGUGACCAUCCGUCAAGGAGGAAGUGAUGAAUGCUUUCUUUUUUUACUUAUGAAAGCCUUGGCGAAAACUUUGUAUAUGUAUAUAUAUAUAACUUGUUAUAUUAUUAGGAUUAUUAAUAUAUAUGUAUAUUAUUUUCAGACCCCACAAUAUCUCUCUAAUAUCUGAUACACACUUGUACAGCACUUUUAAAAAAAAUUAAUGAUUUGUUGACAAUGGAAAAAACAUUUUCUUCUCUCUUUCUCUCUGUUUCUUUAUCACACGCACUGUUGUUAUCUCUUCUUUAGCUUAUUUUUUUUUCUUAUCAUGUCUUAUAUGUGUACAAAAGUUCAAAAAUACACCGAUAAAAA